AUGCAGGUCGUUUGCGAUUUCGCACACCUGAAGAUGCUGCAUGGGGAUGUGCCCAUAGGGAAGAUAAUUUAUAAGAAUCUCAAAGAAGUGACUAAGAAUCAGAAUUAUCAGUUUGAUGAAGAAAUAUCAAACUUUAUGAAUCUUCGAGAUAGAAUAAUUAUGGAACAGGGGAAGGAUAUGGGUGUAACGUUGUUAAAUUUGUAUAAGGAAUAUUUAUUUUAUUUUGAAACCUUCCGGAAAAAGAAAUUAUUGAGUGAAAAGAAGAAAUUAUUAUGGACAAAUGACGUAUUUGAGAAAUAUAAAAGAAUAGAGUAUGAAUUUGAAAAUGAGCACAUUUUAAUAAUAUUUAAUAUCGGUCUUGUAACAACGAGUAUAUUAAAAUCGAAGAAAAAUUCGGAUGAUAUAAAAAUGUUAAAUAGAAUAUCAAAUGAAGUAGUAGAUAUAUUUAAUUAUUUAUUUGUAAAUAUGAAUGAAGAAAAAAUUUGUGAAUUGACUGAUAUAAAUUGUGUAAGUUGUUAUAUAUUCUUAUGUAUCUCGUUGGCAUAUCAUGAAAAUAUGUUUUACAACACAGCAAUAGUGAAAAAGUACAAGAGAAAUUUGUUAGCCAAACUUUCCUUCAAUAUAUAUACUCAUUUUAAAAAUGCACUCAAUUGUCUAGAAGGAAAAGAAUUAAAUAAAAUUUUUAAAAAUCCUUCCAAAGUUUCUGCAUCGACUGAGAUAAAAACAAAUUUGCAACACAUAAGAAAUAGUCAUAGUACAUUUUAUAACUUUAUCCUUGUAAAUAAAAUAAUAUUUAUAAGCAUUAGUAACUAUCACACCGCUUUGAAAUAUGCUACUUUAAAUUCAGACGUAGCUAAUGAUGAUAAUAUAAAAAUUGAAAAAUAUGAUGUGGAUAAGAUAGGUGAAAUUAUAUGUCGACUGAAAUACAGCCAAGAUAAUGUGUACAAAUGUAUAGAACUAUGUAAGAAAUAUAAUUUUAAUAUAAAUAUCACAUCAUUAAAAGAAAAAAUUCACACAGCUAUCGAAUAUUUUGAAUAUGAAAAUAGAAAUAUAUAUUUUGAUGUAAUACCCAGCUAUGAAAAUUUAUGUGAUAUAAAAGGAACGUCAGAAGUUAUAAAAUUAAAGGAAAUAGAUAUAUCCAAUAUUUAUAUAAAAGCAAAUAACAUUUCAUGUAAUUUAAAACUAUUAUUCAAUGAAAAGGCAGAGUUAGUGUACAAUAUGUAUAACAAUGAAGCUAUAUCCGUUUAUAAUAUUUUUUUUAAAAAUUUGUUAAGUCUAAAGGAUCAAUACAAAUUGAUAGAUUUAUCUCAUCGAAAAAAUGUUCUUCGCACUCUGCAUAAUAUUAUCAUCAGUACUUAUAACAAAAUUACGAAUUUACACAAACCAACUCAUUUUGAAAAUAAUUUAAAUUUUCUUUUAAAUAUUGAACAAAAUUUAAAGGAGAUCUUAACACAAGUAGAAAAUAGUCUCACGGCAGAACACACGAACCAUGUAGAAUUUCAAAGAAAGUUUUUGAAUGUAGGAAUUAAUCAAGAAUCAGUUAAUUCAUAUAAUUCAUUUGUAUACCAUUUGACUAUUUUUAAAAAAUCGCUAGAAGAAAUUCAGUUAAGUGUAGACAAUUUCCGAAAUUUUCUACAAAAUAAUCAGACCAAUUUCCAAAUUUGUCAAAUGGAUAUCUCGACCUUUGCUAAGUACAUUGUCGAUGACUUGAACACGUGUACAAAUGUAAAUGUUGAAUCAUUAGAUCAUGAACAUACAUAUUAUAAAAAUAUGUUAUCAGAAGAUAAAGAAAAUGAAAUCAAUUCUGCAAGUAGCAUCAACGAUAUAACUGAAUCCACUAGUGCUAACAUUCCUAUUUUAAACUAUUUCUAUUUUCACAAUUUUCUUAAGAAUAAAAAUUUAUCCUAUUCUACACAAAAUAUCAAUGCAUUUAAUGAAAAAAAUUUGCAUCAUUAUGACAUUCUCAAUAAUUACAUAAAUGUGCACUCAGAGGAAAAACUCUUUUUCGUCAUCCUUGCCAUUUACUUUUCUCUGAGCAUCCAGUUGAAUGUAUUUGCGGCUGACUUGGAGGAACUGAAGAAUAAUAUGCAUGAUGUAUUCCUCAACUCGAUAUCGGAAGAAUACGACGAGGGUAAACUGAACGAAUUACUCCAAAAGCAGAAAUCCAUAUUGAACACAAAGAAAACAAAACUGGAAGAAAGCUUGUCAUCGUUUGAAAAAAAUCUUAACCAAUUUUAUGAUUAUUAUCAUGAGUACAGCAAAUUAGAUUACUUUAAAACGAUAGAGGACCUGAACAAUUUCACCAAUAAUCUUAUGGGGAUGGUAGAGAAGUUAAACGAAAUGAACAAGAAGCAUUCGUAUACUCUGAAGAAUUCCCUUGUGUUUAAGGAUGACAUCAACAGAUAUAUAUACAUGCGAGAAAGUGAGCGUUCGACUAUUAGGGUACAACAAAUCCCAAAUGCUUACUCAAGAAACAUUCACAACAGCCACGAAAGCUUUUAUUGA